GUGGUAUAAAGUGCCACCCCCGGUAAUCUCCUCCGCUUCUCCCCCGUCUCGAUUUAUUAGGGCACGGCCACCAGAUUACCGUACUCCGCCUCCACGCCGUCGCCGGAGUCACCGCACGCACCUUAGCUGCCUUCCGAUCCACACCAUCUCCCUCACGCUUGGUCCCUUGGCACCGUGCUAGCUACCUGCAAUUGUCCGUCUUCCCAUCCUUAUUCCUGCUUCAAGCACCGCCAGCGGCGUCCGCGAAAGAGCAUCUAGGUAUGGAGCGCCAGAGACGUCCCGCCUGAUCUGUUGGCCGUGUUCGUGUACAGGAUGGAGACAAUCGAGGUGCUGGUGUCGUCGGGAAGAAGACCGGCGGUGGGGCCGGCCUGUCCCCGUGUCCUUGCUGGGUGAACGGAACCCGUUCCUGCAAAUUUAGUGGCUUCUUUUUUCUGUAUUUUACUGUGCAAGAAUCCGCGACAAACUUAUGCUGUGCCUUACCAAAUAGGUGCGAGGAAGACUGUGACAAGCAUCUGAAGCCUAUAUUCGGUUCUUGCCCUGCUAAGAGGGGUUGGCUAUGUGCAGUCAGUAAUUUCCAUAUUCAUGGAGAGUACUAGAAGUGAAGGAGAUGAGUUAAUAGAAGAUUAUGUGGAAUGUCUCAUGUCACUGGAUGCUAAUGCACGCCCAUGUGAGAAUGAUAAUUCCUCCCUUGCAACUCAUGCUGAAGAUCCCACAAGUAUUCCUGUUGGAAUAAUCGUGCAGCCAAUAAGAGAGUUGGCACCUGUCGGUGCAGAGGACAAUAAAGAACCGACAUUAGGUAUGGAGUUUGAGUCUGAUGAGGCUGCAAAGUCAUUUUACAAUGACUAUGCCAGGCGAUUGGGCUUCCCUUUCCGGGUUGGCAGGUCUCGACGUUCUAAGGGUGUUGAGGAGGUCCUUAUAAUGAAGAGGUUUGUGUGCUCUAAAGAAGGUAUUUAUCGGAAGAAACCUUCAAGUGAGGGCACGAGGAAACGUGAGAGAAUAUCGAUGAGAGAAGGUUGCAAGGCAAUGAUGGAGGUGAUACGUGAUUCUGAUAGGUGGGUGGUCUCAAAGCUUGAGAAGGCUCACAAUCAUCACCUUGGGACUUGUAGUCGAGUGGGCUACCUUCGUGCAAGAGGCUUUAUUGACACCUCAGACAAGGCGAGCAUAGUGGCAUCAGAUGCAAUGACUCUACUUCGACAAAAUGCUUUUGGCGAAGGUGGAGAUGCUCAGGGUCUUCUAGAUUACUUCAAAAGGAUGCAAGCUGACAACCCUGCGUUCUUUUAUUCCAUACAGGUUGACAACAAUAGCUGUGUUACCAAUGCUUUCUGGGCAGACUCUAAAGCUAGAACUGCAUAUGGCUACUUUGGUGAUGCUGUAGUCUUUGACACAACAUACAAAAAGAACAAGUACAUGAUGCCUUUUGUUACAUUCUCUGGAGUCAACCAUCACUUGCAGCCCAUUAUCUUUGGUUGUGCCUUGCUCAUCGAUGAGACUGAGUUCUCAUUUAUUUGGUUAUUUGAAACAUGGCUAGCGGCAAUGGGGGGUCGCCCUCCAGUGUCAUUGAUUACUGAUCAGAACAGGGCCAUGGCAGCGGCAAUUGCAAAAGUGUUCCCCAAUACAUGCCAUCGAUUUUGUAAGUGGCUUAUUUUGAGUAGAAGCAAGCAGAAGUUAGCCCAUGUCUAUUCUGCACAUCCUACUUUGAGAGGGGAAUUGGAAGAAUGUGUCAUCAAGUCUGAAACUAUUGAAGCCUUUGAAGCUAGAUGGGCGUCAGUCAUUGAUAAAUAUGACCUUAGGAAGAACACAUGGCUUCAGGCACUAUUUAACAUCCGUCAAAAAUGGAUUCCAUUGUACUCGAAGGACACAUUUUUUGCCGAAAUAUCCUCAAUGCAGAAGUUAGAAACUAUGAGUGACUUAUACAAGAAAUAUUUUAAUACGAAGACCUCGUUAAAAGUAUUUCUCACACAGUUUGAAUUAGCCAUGGCAGACCGAUUUGAGGAUGAAGCACAAGCAGACUUUGAGACACUUUGUACAAAACCAAAUCUAAAGACUGCCUCACCAAUAGAAAAACAAGCAUCAGCUAUCUAUACAAGAGCAGUAUUUAAUAAAUUUCAGGAGGAAUUUGUGGAGUCGUUAGGUUAUAAUGUUUACAAAAUAAAAGAUGGUGCUAGUAGCAAAUUUAGUGUGACAAGGGAUGAGGAUUCUCUUGAGACGUUCAUUGUCUCAUAUAAUGCUGGUAAAAAAACAGCAACUUGUAGUUGCAAAAACUUUGAGUUUUCUGGCAUUUUGUGUCGCCAUGUUUUGGGAGUAUUCUUAAUGAUUGAUGUUCGAGUACUUCCUAAAGAGUACUUCUUGCAGCGUUGGACGAGAAGUGCAAAAGUUGGUGCUAUAAUGAAUGAACUUAGCGCUGAGCCUCAAAAUAAUUGUCAAGAAUCCAUUACUUCACGAUAUAAUGAUCUUUGUCGUGAUGCAAUUAGAUGUGCAGAGAAAGGGGCAACAUCAGUAAAGAUAUAUAAAGCAGCCAAAGAUGUUCUAAAGAAGGCUUAUGACAAUAUUAUUGCUUUUGAAAAAAACACUUCAAAAGGUGCACAAAGAGAUGUAAUCAACAUUAAUGAGGAAAUCACUAUAGAUGAUGCAAUAAAUGAUCAAUCUUUACAAGAUCCUGAAAGAAAGGUAACUAACUUGCUUGGCCAGUUACUUGGUUCCUCUUGGUCACCGUAAAACAUUUUCUCCGGUGGAUUUGUAAAUUGUUUGCGGUGCUUUUGCUGCUGCUUGGUGUCCCCUACCGCGAAUCCUUGAGCUUGCAGCAGGUUGCCAAAGAGGCUUGAAAAAGCGUUGCUCUCAUUGCUUCAUCGAAGCAGAGCAGUCUCAUGAUGCUUUCAGUACCUUUCAAGACUGGAGCAGCUUAGUCAACAGAAGGGAAGAUGAUAUGGAACUUUGAUGGUGACAUCUCCAAGGCAGAUCUGCAAUGCAGUUCACGAUCAUGUAGAUAUACCAGUUCAUUAUGUUUGUGCCUUUUUCUUCUUUUUCUCCUUGCUUAACUCGACCUUCAUUGCCUUAGAGCUCUAGAUCAACAUGUCAGAACCUGAUCCAAACUUGUGGAUUGUAAAAUUUGGACUCUGUGUAGACUGUCAAGAAUUCCAGCUUACAGUAAA